CAAAGCGAGGUAAAUAUAGUCUUUUUUUUAUAACGAGGAUUUAUUAUUCCUUUCAUGUACUGACUAUUGUAUAGGAGAUCAUUGAUUACCUGCUCUGUAUUGGCACAAAGCACACAGAGGUGCAGCAGCGUCCAGUGAAGCCUAACUGCCUGGUAGAAAGGAAGGGACUGUCUGUGUGAAACAAGCAGGGUAGGAAAAGUCGACUUACCUGUAACCCAGGUUCUGGCAUCCCUCCCCAACUCUGCCUCACUCUAGUAGUACCUGCUCCGACUUGAAAGUCCAGUUUUACAAGGAAGAAUCGUGGAGGAAGAAAAAUAUGUCACAGGAGACGGACAAUAAGCGGCUGGUGGUGGUGGUACCCAAUGAGACGUCAUUCCAAGGGCGGCGUGCAUACACCAGCGAGGAUGAGGCAUGGCGGUCCUACUUGGAGAACCCUCUGACUGCAGCCACUAAGGCCAUGAUGAGCAUCAAUGGAGACGAGGACUCUGCUGCAGCCCUGGGACUGCUCUACGACUAUUACAAGGUUCCUAAAGAAAAGAGACUGUUGCCCAUCGCCAAAGUGGUUGAAAUUUCAGAGGAGCAGGAAAAGAGGGGAGGCUCGGGGACCAGCAUCAACGGCCAGCAGGGUGACAACAUAGAGAUGGUGGACAACCGAGUCCAGGUGCUGAAGUCUGUCCCGGUCAACCUGUCCCUCAACACUGACCACCUGGACAAGAGAGUCAACACGUCCCUCAACACUGACCACCUGGAUAAGAGGGAGGAGUACGGGGCGGGGACAGGUGAUGGACCUGGGGCUAUUGCCUUGGUGAAGGCAGAGAUGUAUGCCCCGGUGUUCAUGGGUCCUGGGGUUGGGACGGGGGUGCACUACCGAGUAGAGGGCGAGGAGCAGGAGUCAAGGGUCAUCUAUGAACAGAUGAGUCCGUAUGUAUCCGAUGUGUCAACAGUUAGUCACGGAGGAUACGUUAAGGAGGACCAGCGCAGCACGCCUGAUGACAGCCCGUAUGAAGAGGAGAGCGAUGUGAAAUACCACACAACCAAGUCUAUAGCACAGGAAGAGUUUAUCUUCGACCAACAAGUAGUGGAUACGUUUCAGUACAAGCUGGAAGCCACCAGGUCACUGCGUGUGAAGCAGGGGGAGGGGCCCAUGACGUACCUGAACAAGGGCCAGUUCUACGCUGUGACGCUCAGCGAGCUGGGAGCUAACAAACGCCUGAGACAUCCAAUCAGCAAAGUCAGGAGUGUCAUCAUGGUGGUGUUCAGUGAAGACAAGAACAGAGACGAACAGCUGAAGUACUGGAAGUACUGGCACUCCCGCCAACACACUGCUAAACAGAGAGUACUAGACAUAGCGGACUAUAAGGAGAGCUUCAACACCAUCGGUAACAUUGAGGAGAUAGCCUACAACGCUGUCUCCUUCACCUGGGAUGUGAACGAAGAGGCCAAGAUCUUCAUCACAGUGAACUGUCUAAGUACAGACUUCUCGUCUCAGAAGGGGGUGAAGGGUCUUCCCCUGAUGAUCCAGAUUGACACAUACAGUUACAACAACCGCAGCAACAAGCCACUCCACAGAGCCUACUCUCAGAUCAAGGUCUUCUGUGACAAGGGAGCUGAGAGGAAGAUCAGAGAUGAGGAAAGGAAACAGAACCGCAGGAAGACUAAAGGUAAGGAUGGAGGACUAGGGGUGAUAACUCUCCCUAAGAAGCCUGACACCACCUACUUCAAGACCAUGACUGACCUGGAGGCCCAGCCUGUACUCUUCAUCCCUGAUGUCCACUUUGGAAACCUGCAGAGGGCUGGACAGGUAUUUGCCUUUAACACAGAAGAAAUUGAGAGAGGAGGGAGUGUGUUGGUUAAGAGGAUGUUCAGACCGUCAGAGGAUGACCUCUCACCUCCUUCCCACAAACAGAUCAAAGAGGAAACACACAAGAGAGUCCUGCUGUAUGUGAGGAAGGAGUCGGAUGAGGUGUUUGAUGCUCUGAUGCUCAAGUCUCCAACCCUGAGAGGCCUGAUGGAAGCAAUAUCAGAGAAGUAUGGAGUUCCCACUGAGAGGAUAGCCAAGGUCUACAAGAAAAGCAAAAAAGGGAUCCUGGUGAACAUGGACGACAACAUCAUAGAGCAUUACUCUAAUGAAGACACCUUCAUCCUGAGCAUAGAGAGCUACGCUGACGCCUACAAGGUCACACUCACCGAAAUAUGAUGUCUGAAGGACUCAGUCUAGGGCCGGUGGGACGGUACAGGAGGACAGGACAGUACAGGAGGACAGGACAGUACAGGAGGACAGGACAGUACAGGAGGACAGGACAGUACAGGAGGACAGGACAGUACAGGAGGACUGAGUGUAGGGUCGGAGGGACAGGACAGUACAGGAGGACUGAGUGUAGGGUCGGGGGGACAGGACAGUACAGGAGGACUGAGUGUAGGGUCGGGGGGACAGGACAGUACAGGAGGACUGAGUGUAGGGUCGGGGGGACAGGACAGUACAGGAGGACUAAGUGUAGGGUCGGGGGGACAGGACAGUACAGGAGGACUAAGUGUAGGGUCGGGGGAACAGGACAGUACAGGAGGACUUAGUGUAGGGUCGGGGGGACAGGACAGUACAGGAGGACUGAGUGUGGGGCCGAUGAGGGACCGGGACCAGAAGCACCGGUUCCAAUCCAAGCGCCAAUGCCGUUUAGCAAACUCCAGGCGUUUACAUUUAUUGGAUGACAUGAAAAUAGAGCUCUUUGGCCAGACUUCGAAAUGAGAAUGUAUGAGCAGAAAAUAACCUCAUACCUACUGGAAAGUAUGGUGGUGGAUCUUUGAUGUUUAGGGGCUAUUUACCUUCCACUGGUCCUGGAGCCCUUGUUAAGGUCAACAGCAUCAUGAACUUUACCCAGUACAAGGACAUUUUAGCCAAAAAACCUGGUUGCCUCUGUCAGGAGGAGGAGAGGAUCUUCCAGCAAGACAAAAACCUCAAGCUCACAAAAUACACAAAGAAAUUGUUAAUUGGCCACAAAAUCAACAGCAAUGGACAUCUUAGUCUCCAGACUUGAAACCCACUGAAAACCUGUGGUUUGAUUUGAAGGGGGCCGUCCAUAAACCCAGUCAAACGAUAUCAAGGAUCUGGAAGGAUUCUCUAAAGAGGAAUGGUCUCAGAUCCCUCCCAAUGUGUUCUCCAACAUAAAACAUUUUAGAAAAAGGGCUGUUAUCCUCACAAGGCGAGGUAUUGAAAGCAAGCUCUAGCCAGAGGCGACAUACAGACAGAGUACACAACACUACAGACAUAGUACUCAACACUACAGACAUAGUACUCAACACUACAGACAUAGUACUCAACAGAGUACACAACCCUACAGACAGAGUACACAACUCUACAGACAGAGUACUCAACCCUACAGACAGAGUACUCAACCUUACAGACAGAGUACUCAACACUACAGACAGAGUACUCAACACCACAGUCAGAGUACUCAACACUACAGACAGAUGGAAUAUGAACCGAUCUCUUCACAGCCUACAUGAUAUAGUUAUAGUGUGUUAGUCCCUCAAUGGAACAGGUAGAAUCCUUGGAUCCUGAGUGUAGGGAUGUUUUAUUUGUUACUUAAACCUGUCAGACCCCAAUCUAAUGAGCUUUAACUGUCAAUAUAAUUAUUUUGCUAUUGUAUGUUGAGCAUGUAUAGUUUUACAUGGUUUUGCGAAAUGACAAUGGCUAGUUGAUAAAAGGGCUAUUUACAUUUACCUGUUAGUCAAUUAGCAGAUGCUCUUAUCCAGAGAGACUUACAGUUAGUGCUUUUUUUACACCAUUUUAACGAUACACUUCUCGUUAAUCCAACCACAGUGUCCGAUUUCAAAAAGGCUUUUCGGCAAAAAUUCAAUAAUCUGAGAACAGCAUUCAUGCACAAAUCCAAGCCAUACAGUUACCUGCCAAAUUGUGGAGUCAACUAAAGUUAUAAAUAGCAUUAUAAAUCUUCACUUGCCUUUGCUGAUCUUCGUUGGAAUGCACUCCCAGGACUCCCACUUCCACAAGAAAUGUUUGUUUUGUUCGAUUACGUCCAUAUUUAUGUCCAAAUACCUCCGCUUUGUUCGCGCGUUUAGUUCACUAUUCCAAAUGCACAAUGCCCGAGCGCAAAAUCCAGAAAAGUCAAAAGAGUUUCAUUACAGUUUGUAGAAACAUGUCAAUCGAUGUUUACAAUCAAUCUUUAGGGUCUUUUUAUAAUAAAUCUUCAAUAAUAUUCCAACCGGACAAUAGCGUAUUCAUUACAGAGGAAAAAGAAGGCACGGCGCGGUGACCGCGCAGUGAACAACUGAUUGGCCUCAGCCUAGUCCACUUGUUGAAACAGCUCUUAUUUGACCACCUUCCACAAUAGAAGCCUGAAACAACUUUCUAAAGACUGUUGACAUUC